AAUCCCUGAAUAAAUUAACUAUUUGUUUUUGCUGCGGUUUAAAAUGUGUUGACUUUAAGUCUCACUUAUUUGCUGUCAAAUGUGCGCUGUCGCUACGAGGACGUGCAUGUCCUAGUGAUGCAGAAACUAACUACAUUUAAUAACUAUUAAUUAUAACUACAAACUACAUUUGUGUUGCUUCAAAAUAGUAGGAUUGCUGUAUAAACAAAGUCCUGAAAACUUUAGGAAAGUUUUAAUAUUAUUUUUGCACUACUUGAGAAAUACUAAUAACUAUACUAACCUAUAUUUCAAUUCGAUUUUUACAAAAUAAAUGUAUAUGCAGCUUAUUUUAUUCCUGCCUAUUGCCUAACUAUUUUGUUAGUGUUUAUUUUCUUUGACCAGAAACACAUCACACACUGAUGAAAGGGAUGUUCUCUGAAGGAUAGAGCUUGUGCCAGAGCUGGCGGGGUGCAUACACAGUCAAUGUGCGGAACAACUGUUCUCAGGAAUGAGGAAAAACAAUUACUUUUUGAACAUGACAACACCCUUAACACACAUAUUUCUGCAAAGAAAUAUACUACACCACUACAAUGUGACAACAAACAACAAAGCUAAAGAGCAAUACAGAUCAUCUGAAAAGUAUCAUCCCAGCAGAUAUGGAAAUACAGCCUGAUGUCAAUGGGAGGAUAUCAUUAGCUCCUCCUUCACAAGUUGGGAAGGCCACUGCAUUUUCAGAACACCACAGAGAUGGUCAGGAGCAACAGGAGUUAAGUUAUCUGCUUGAUAUUGACAACUUGUAUUCAUACAAGUUGUACUGUAUAAAGACAUACAUUUUGUGUUGAUUUGUUAUCAAGUGAAUGAUGCCAAGGACCAGGGAGACUUUACUAGUAUCAACACAGUUAUGGCAAGCAAAGGUUGCUGGGGACAGGAGCUUCAGGAGGUUCAAACAAACAACUGGCACAGGUUCUGGACAAGACCCAAAGCCCAAGCACACAUUUAGCCUUUGUGAGCAAGAUGGCUCUCACGCGGUCAGAUCUUUGGAGUUUGUGUUUGGCUAAUGGCAUGGAUGGGAUGAUCCUGAACAGCUGUCUUACAGUUAUUGAGAAGAGAGUAGAUGGCGUGUUUGCUGCCAACAGCCAUGUUAUAGCUGCCUGGUUUCCACCAUCUUCCACCAUCAAUCCGAUGCAACACCUGCCGGAAAAUGCAGCAAACCUCCAACGGCUUCUCCUUCCAGCGUGGGAACCUGGACACUCUGUAAACCUUGCUCAGAUCUUGUGCCCUGGGCCUUGGGCAAGUCUUGGUGUAGAUGAUGUCCAGGGCCUUCCAAGACAAGGGUUCUCGAACAACUGUGGGGUGUUUGUUUUGAUGUACGCAUUUUACAUUGUGGCAAGAGCCCAAUUUGAUUUCAAUGAGACAAACAUGCAGCAAAUUAGGCACUGGUGGUGCCUAGUUCUCCUCAAAAACUUUCCCAUGCCGUCUGAACAAGAGAGGUCGCAAGACUGCAAGAGGCGACGGGAGGAAAAGGCAAUGCAGGAUGAAGAGGUUGUGAGGUUCCACAAAAGAAGCAGACCAUCAUUUGAGAUGGGGUCAUGAGUGACCGCUGCUGGGGGGGAGCUGUUACAAUCAGCUGUAUUAGGUUCACUAAUGCCUCAAAAUGUAUUAGUUGUCACGAUCUGUCUGUGUAUUAUUUUGUCCUGUCUUGUCUGUUGCUUUCUGUGUUCAAUACAAUUGAAAGUCCUGAAUU